AUGAGUACUUACGAAUGUUCUGUACAUGUUGAUGGAAAUAAAAUGGUAUCAAAAUUCCACAGUGUCGAAUACUGUCGUACAACGGUUUCGCAAGAUAUAGAUAUGGACUAUAGAUCAACUAUCUAUAGCAUGAUAACGGACGUUGACGAUGAUGACGUUCCAUUGAAACAGACAAAUCAGUUAGACAAUCUCGUUUGGGAGUAUCUUCAAUUAGUAAAAAUUGAUGAUUUCGUCCGUGUGGAACUGAAUGGUGAUCUUGGUCAACCUAUGGAAAAUAAACUGAGUGGUGGACAGAAAACUCGAUUGUUAUUAGCAAGAGCGCUGUUUCGAGCUCAUCAUCGGCAGAGUUCAUUGUUGAUUCUGGAUGAACCGGAUAAAGGAUUGCCCGCUGAGACAACCGUGGGUAUCAUCGAAAACAUUAUAAAAUGGUAUAAGUCACGAGGUAUUCUUCUAUUAACAUUGCACACUGAACAAGCACAUAAUCUCAAUUUUGAUCAAAUACUACACAUAGAGAAUGGACAAAUUAGAAAAAUGAGAUGA